GCGGUGAUAAUGACGACUAUUCUCGAUUAAAAGUAAAUAAUGUAUUAUUUUCGUAAAGAACGUCGUAAGAAAAAUUGUUUUUGAGCAUAUAAAUAACUAAAGGAUACCAUUUAUCUACCUCAUUUCUCAAUUGACUGAAUAUUUAUCGAUAGAGUUUUGGUAGAGGUUAUAAUUUAGUUUCUGGAAGUAGUUGAAGAGUAUAUUUACACGAAAUGUUUUGUUGGGGCAAUUCCACGCACCACGAAUUGUGUAUUGAGACCUCUCAAAAUACAGAUUUGGUAUUAAAACCGACUUUCUCAAAAUGGUCAGAAAGCAACCAUGUGCAGACAGUGACUGCUGGUGAAUUUCACGCCCUAUACCUGACAAGCAGUGGACAUUUAUAUUCAUGCGGAAAUAAUGAUGUUGGACAACUUGGCAGACACACAACUACCCCUGAUGGGUCCUUUCCUGCUCUAGUAGAAACAUUCAAAGGCUGUACAAUAUCAGCAAUAUCAUGUGGCAUGCAGCAUUCAAUGGCCCUGGAUGAAUGGGGACAACCAUUCAGCUGGGGUUCAGACCUUCUAGGACAGCUUGGUAGUAACCUAGGCUCACAUGCCCAGGACAAACCUAAGAUAGUAAAGGCACUGGCUACGAAAAAUGUUAUACAGAUUGCAUGUGGAUCGUAUCAUUCAUUAGCUUUGACAAAUAAUGGAGACAUAUACGCGUGGGGUGCUAACACAUACGGCCAAUGUGGGCUAGGGACGAUGACGAAUAAAGAGUUAACUCCUCAACACAUCGCGUCGUUGCAAGGCGUACCUAUCGCCAUGAUUGCUUGCGGAAGUAAUCACACAUUUGCAUUGUCUAAAUCGGGAGCAGUGUACGGAUGGGGCAAGAACUCACACGGCCAGCUAGGCCUACAGGACAGAGACAACAGAUGUUACCCGACACACUUGAAAUUAUUACGGAAUUCUAAAGUAUGUCACAUAGCGUGUGGAGAAGAUUUCACAGUGUUCCUAACAUUAGAAGGAGGAGUGUUCACAUGUGGUACAGGAGAAUAUGGGCAAACGGGUCACGGAGCUACUAAAAAUGAACUAGUACCUAGAAAGGUCAUGGAACUCAUGGGCAGUACAGUGACUCAAGUCGCGUGUGGGCGGCGGCACCUGUUGUGUCGCGUCGGCGAACGAAUUCUCGCCUGUGGUUACGGCGCUCGCGGUCAGCUCGGCUGUCCUAACAUGUCUCUCGCACUUCUGCCCACGCCUGUACCAAUCACGCCUGGUGAUUCACCGAAUAACAGCCCAGUCAGAAACAAGUUCGCCCAAGACCUGUUCAGAGGGCCAAUGAAGGUCUACGCCGGGGGUGACCACAGUUUUCUAGUGGUGAACGGGGACAAGUCCCUGGGAACUGACUUUAGGGUCCCAGACUAUACUAAGCAGGUUUUAACGUUGAAUCUGCCGAAGUUGGCCUCAUGUGAAAUGUUUAAGGAUGAAGAUGUUGUCAAUCAAGAUCUAAUGGCGUACUUAGAGACAGUGUUCGGCUCAGCGGCCUGCAUAAAUGGCUCGUUCCUGCUCUCCGAUAACCACCACUACGGCUGCAACAAGAAGGUCCACGGAGUCGACCUGAAGAAAGCCGAAGAAGCCUUCACGCUUAUAAGCAGGAUUGAGAACACUUCUAUAAAGGAACUGAUAUUCAGUCACUUGACCGAGAACGUGAUAAAGAAGAUCAAAGUCUCGCCACCCGACGCCGAGGCCCUUAGACUAUUCAUGAUCCUACCUCUGUACCAUGAGAUGAGGAAUCCUAGGAGACAUACAGAGUUACAGGGUCCGUUCGCGGAAGCGUUCAACAAGCUGUCGAUAUACCCACAACGUAUUGUCAAUCUAUGGUGGGAACAAGAGACCAACGAUUAUUUUGAAAUGCUUGUUGACAUCUUUAAGAGCGUCAUCGUUUAUGAGCUGAUGCAACCUAAUGUUAGAGCGAAUAAGAAAAUAUACUUCAGUCACAGCCUAGUUCAAAUACUAAACACGUUGUCUUCUCUGAACAAAAUAAACUUCUCGAACCCGAAGAAACCAAAGAUUCCAGCCGAGUGCUUCUACAUCGAAGACUUAUCCAACUAUGUGGAUAUCGCCACGGACUAUAUCAACUGGUUGGCGGAUCAGGAAUCAUCAUCGCCUCACAUGUGUAACUACGCUUUUCUAUUCGACGUGCAAUGCAAGUCGCUCUUACUAAAGAUCGACCAGCAACUGCAAAUGCAGAUGGCGGUAACGCGGGCAGCCACACAAAUAUUCACAAGGAUGUUCACGGAUCCUGGUUACGAGUUCCAGGACCAGUUUUUGAAUCUAACGGUGUCGAGGAACCAUAUAGUGAGGGAUACGAUGCUGCAAAUUAGUAACCAUGACAGUUCGCAGUUGAAAAACCGCUAAAAGUAAGUGGAAUUCGUAGGCGAGGAAGCAGAGGACGCAGGCGGGGUCAAAAAGGAGUUCUUCCUACUACUACUGAAGGAAAUAUUCGACCCCGUGUACGGCAUGUUCAAGCAGUCUGAGGAAACCAACAUGAUCUGGUUCUCUAAUAACCCUUUUGAAGACGACGUCAUGUAUUAUUUGAUAGGUGCCAUCUACGGUCUAGCAAUCUACAACUCCAUAAUAAUCUACGUGCCGUUCCCGCUAGUAUUGUACAAGAAAAUCUUGGGCGAGUCCAUUAUGCUGGACGACCUAUCAGACCUGUAUCCCACGCUUGCCAACAGUCUCAAGAGUCUACUUGAAUACCCUGAUGAAGACGUGGAAGACGUAUUCAGCCUAUGCUUCGCCGUGAACACGGUAGUAUUCGACCAAAUCCAAGUGCACCCACUGAAGGAGAACGGAAACCUAUCGGUCACUCACGAGAACAAGGCGGAAUACGUAGAGCUGUAUGUCGACUUUCUGCUCAACAAGUCUGUGGAAAAUCAAUUCAAGGCUUUCAAUCAGGGCUUUCAGAAGGUGUGCGGCGGCAGGAUAAUAAAGCUGUUCAGGUCGCACGAGCUCAUGUCUGUAGUCAUUGGCAACGAGCAGUACGACUGGGACCAGUUUGAGGCGAAUUGUGAAUACAAGAACGGGUACACGCAAACCGACCAGCAGGCCAGAUGGUUCUGGGAAGUUUUCCAUGAGCUGUCCUUGGAAGACAAGAAGAAGUUCCUACUCUUCUUGACUGGUAGCGACCGAGUGCCCAUACAAGGAAUGAGAGAUAUCAAAAUCCGAAUUCAGCCGGUAGCCGACGACAGGUAUUUCCCCGUCGCUCACACUUGUUUCAACUUACUCGACCUGCCGCGGUACAAGACCAAGGAGCGGCUCAAGUAUCACCUCCUGCAGGCUAUACAGCAAACGCAAGGCUUCUCCCUCGUUUGAUGUUAGUUAUACGCAAGUGAAAAAUCAACUAGGAAACGGCGAAAAAACGCUCCGAGUGACAACGAAUUAGCUUAGAGCGUUUCUUUGCAGUUAAAUCAGUGUCGGAAGGUAACGUAGUUAAAUGAUGUUUUGAUUAUCUUUUAUUUCCCUAUAUUGGUUUUAUGCUAAAGGUUGCCACAUUGUCGGUCCUCGGUGAAAAUAAUAUGUGUUAGGGUAGAAAUAUCAAAUAUUGAAUCAUUAUAAAACUGCACUUGUCACACGAAGCCUUGUUGAGUGCAUCUAGUGGCCCAUUUCUCAAAGCUGAAAGUUACACGUUACAAGCGGGCGUCUCUUUUCAAUUUGUAAUAGGGGCCCGUUUCUCGAA